AAAUAAAGAUAUCGAUUCUAAAAAAGAAAUUGAUGUUAUUAUUUAUUUUCUUAAAUUUUUAUUUGUAAUCAACAAAAGUUGCAAUAGAUAGAUAUUUUUGUGAUAUUCGACUUUUUUAAUUUUAAUUUUUUAUAAAAAUGGGACCUAAGAAAGCAAAAGCACGUAUCCUUGAUGGAGCAGAUACAACAAAAAUGAAUAGAGAACAAUUAGAAAUAUAUGCACAUAGGGUACUUGAAGAAAUAGAACGGGAACGGGAGGAAAGAAAUUUCUUUCAACUUGAAAGAGAUAAAAUCAGAACUUAUUGGGAAAUCACAAGACAUCAAUUAGAUGAAGCACAAGCAACUGUCAGAAAUAAAGAACGUGAAAAAGAAGAGUUAUCAGAAAAACAUGAAGCAGAGCUUAAAUUAUAUAAACAGAAAGUAAAGCACUUAAUGUACGAGCAUCAAACUGAUUUGUCAGAAACUAAAGCUGAACACAUGGUUGCUCUUAAAAUGGCACAAGAUGAUUAUACUCUUCAAGAAAACGAAUUAAUUAAAGAUAAAAGAGAAUUAAAAAAAAUGCAAAAAGAACAGGAUUUAGCACAUUUAAAUGAAAUAAAAACAUUAAAAUUGAAAUAUGCAGAAGAAAUAGAUAAACUAAUGAAACAAUUUGAAAAUGAAGCUAUAGAACUAGAACAAAAAUAUGAAUACAAAUUAACAAGUCAAUAUGAAGCUCUUACUUUAAAACAUCGUAUGGAAAUAACUGAAGUAGAAGAAAGAAAAAAUACACAAAUUACAAAUUUGAUUAAAAACCAUGAAGUUGCAUUUGCAGAAAUGAAAGCUUAUUAUAAUGACAUUACUCUUAAUAAUCUAUCUUUGAUUAAGAGUAUGAAGGAACAAAUGGAUGAAAUGAGAAAUAAUGAAGAACGCAUGAGAAAACAAGUACGAGAAUUAACAAUUGAAAAUAAAAAAUAUUCUGGCAAUGUAAAAUCGUAUGAGGAAUCUUUAGCAACUCUCACUGGUCAAUUAGCAAAUUACGAAAAAGAUAAACAAAGUUUGGCUAAUAUUAAAAAAAAAUUAGCAGUAACUGUCAAAGAUUUGGAGAAUUUAAGAUGGGAAAAUGAAGUACUAGAAGUACGAUUUGAAAAAUGUCAAUCUGAAAGAAAUGAAUUACAUGCAAGAUUUGUCUCAGCAAUACUUGAACUGCAACAGAAAACAGGAUUAAAAAAUGUUCUUUUGGAAAAGAAACUCGAAAAAUUAUCUGAUUUAUUAGAGCAGCGCGAAGCACAAAUCAGCGAAGUGCUUGCUGCUGCUCAAUUAGAUCCAAUGGCAGUUAUUAAUGCUAAUCAAAAAUUAGAGAAUAUGCUGAAUAAGAAAAAUAACGCAAUACAAGAUCUUCAAUAUGAAUUAGCGAAAGUGUGUAAAGCGCAUGAUGAUCUACUUCGAUCGUAUGAAACUAAAUUACAAGAAUAUGGAAUUCCAAAAAGCGAACUUGGUUUUCAGCCAUUGAGAGUAAAAGCAAUUACUACAAAGUUAGGAUUGGGACCUGCUGGUCUUGUUACUUCGAAUCGUUAGUUUUUUAUAACAUUAGGAUUUUAAUGAUACUUUUUAUUUUUGAUUGAUCAUAUAAUAUACUUUCACUAUCAAUUAGUGAAAUGUAAAAAUAAUAAAAUCAGAUUAAUACAAAAAAAUUUUAAAUAAUUUCUGAUACAGAAUAUUUUUAUUUUGUGAAAUGAAUCAUUUUUAAUGCAUCUGUUUUAUUUUUUUACAAAUUACAUAAAAUUAUCACAGAAUUUACAGAGUAGAUCAUAUUAGUGCCUGAUAGUUAUAUAAAUUCUCUAUUUGAUUGUUUAAUAUUUUUUAAUUAUUUAUUUUAAUUGUAAAUUGUAAUGCAUCUUCAUCUUAUAUUUUUCACAACUAACAGGCACAAUUAUUUUAAAGAUGUUUUAUAUAUAUAUAUAUAUAUAUAUAUAUAUAUAUAAUAUAUAGAUAUUUAUAUAUAGAUAAUAUAACAUAUAGACAUAGACACAUUUACUAAAUAUUAUAAAUUGAAUAUAUCAGGUCACGUGGUUAAUAUAAGGUUUAAACACUUAUUAUAAAUAUAUAACAUGGACUUAUGUAAAAUACUUUUCACAUCUAUUAACUUUUUUAGUUUUGGAAACAUUUAAUUAUUAAGUGAACAAAUACUUAAUUGUCUUUUUUUUUUACUCAUUUGAAAACAUUAUAUAAUAUUUUGUAUAGAUAAUCUUAUAUGUAUAUAUAUACAGUACUAAACAAAAAUAUUGGCACACUAGUAGUUUUUGUAAUAACGUCUUUCGUAAAUUUUUAAAAUAUAGAACAAUUUUUGUUAAAAUAUAUUUUAAAGUAUAAAUUAAAUACUAUUGAUUUAUUAAACUGCAAAAUAAUACUUUUUUUGUUGUUUCACUGAAAAUAAUCUUUUAUUACUUUUUAUUUUUUAUCUUUCUCAUUAUAUAGUUAUUUUAAAAAAAAAAUUUUAAUAUAUAAAUUUCAGAUUUUAAUAUUAUAUUUUAAAAUUAUUGUAAAAAAUUAGAAAGAAAAUUCUAUAUUUUAAAGAUUUAUAAAGAAUGUUAUAAAAAAAUGUUGGAAUAUGCCAAUAUUUUUGUUUGGCACUUAAUAUUUAUAUGCACAUAUAUACGAACGAAUGUGUAUAUGUAUUUUUUUUCACACACUUAAUUAUUAUAUGUUAUUAUACACUAAGAAUUUGGCACAAUAAGAAAUAGAAUCACAGUUGAAAUCAUUGUACAUCAUAAGAGUUAUGGUUUAUCAAUAUUUUUUUUUCUAUAUCUGCAAGUUUGAUUGUAAUUCCUUUACUCAAAAAACAUCAUUAAAUAUAUAAUAUAAUUAUAUUUCAUUUUGGAUUAUAUUAUAUGUUAUAUUAGGAAAUAAUUAAUUAAGAUCGUGAUUUAAGAAAUAAUAAUAUGAACCCUUAAAAAUCUUUAUAUUUAAUUUUGACCACUAUGAAAUUUUCUUGCAGAUUUUUAUAUUAGUCUCAGUUUAUUGGUUCAUUAUGUCAAAAGAAUAUUGAAUCUAUUCAAUUUCUCAAAACCUAUGAAUAUGAAUCAUAGGUAGUAAAAAAAAUAAGCAUCUGUUUUAAUUUUAGACAUUAGUGGUCCAUUGUUCCAUUGUAUUUCUUUUCUUAUUUUAAAUUCUUAUGUUUUUAUUAAAGUAUAUUUCCAUUAAAAGUGCAUGGAUUUCUAACAUUGUCAUUAAUAGUGCCAUAAUUAAUGAAAAACUGAUAUAUUGCUACUAUUUUUAAACAAUUUAUCAGCAUUAUACUUAUACUAUAUUCAUAAAAAUUUUGUAAAAUAUAAUGCUACACUUUCAUUUGGAUUUUUAGAAAUUGUUGAAAAGAUAUAAAUAUGCAAUAAACUUUUAAAGAUUAAUAUUAGAUUCUAUGAUAAAUAAUUAUAUAUAUAUAUGUUGCUCCUUAUAUUGGAAUAAUAAAUUAAAAUUUUUAAUAUUGUAUUUAAGAAAUAUAUUUUUGUUUAGAAAUAUUGUAAAUAGUAAACAAAUGUUUAAUAAAAAAAAUAGUAUAGAAAAUUUUUUAGCAAUUUUAAUUUUGAAAGAAAUAUAGAGAAUAUGAUCUUCGCGUUAAAUUGAACGAAAUGAUCGUUAAACUCUGUAUAAAAAGUAUUUUUAAUAAAGUAUUUGUACAUGCAUUAGUUUUAAUUU